UGAUGUUAGCUGUGGAGGAGGGAGGGCUAUUGGAACACUAAAUUUCUGUUUAAGAAAGGAGCAAAAAAAAAAAAAAAAAAAAAAUUCUAAUACCCGGUGUAAAGACCAUAAGGCAGGAAACACACAGGCAGUAAUUAGUUGAGCUUAUCUUUUGUGUGCUCUGGAUUUUUUAUUUCAACGCUGGAGUUGCUGUAGAGAGCUUUGUUUUUCCAUCAGUGUUUGGGUUGAUUUUGGUGUUUUCCUGUUCAUCAAAUCGGCUCUUGUUCAUGUCUCUUUGAAGUUGACCACUAGAAUUUUGGGGAACUUCUCGAUCUGUGCAUGCAUGGUAUUACAGUCAUAGGUCAUAGUUUGGACGCUUGACCCACCCAGAUAAUUAUGCUUAUACGAGUGCUGUAAAUUGAAUAAUAAUGUAUUUGCGAUCUUGGACAUGAGGCUGCCAGUCUUCUGUUACUGUUGACAUCGGCACAGGGACUGAUGUUGUGGGAAGCAUGGACCUCAUGAACGGGCAGGCUAGCAAUGUUAAUAUUGCUGCUCCUGCUUCGGAGAAAAGUAGCAGUUCUGAAUCACUAAGUGACAAAGGUUCUGAAUUGAAGAAAAGCUUUGAUGCUGUGGUAUUUGAUGUUUUGAAGGUUACACCAGAAGAAUAUGCGGGUCAGAUAACGCUAAUGGAUGUUCCAGUAUUUAAAGCCAUUCAACCAGAUGAACUUUCAAGUUGUGGAUGGAAUAAAAAAGAAAAAUAUAGUUCUGCACCAAAUGCAGUUGCCUUCACAAGAAGAUUUAAUCAUGUAAGCUUUUGGGUUGUUAGAGAGAUUCUUCAUGCACAAACAUUAAAAAUUAGAGCAGAAGUUCUGAGCCACUAUAUUAAAACUGCUAAGAAAUUAUACGAGUUGAAUAACCUCCAUGCACUCAUGGCAGUGGUUUCUGGCUUACAGAGUGCCCCAAUUUUCAGGUUGACUAAAACAUGGGCGUUAUUAAGUCGAAAAGACAAAACUACCUUUGAAAAAUUAGAAUAUGUAAUGAGUAAAGAAGAUAACUACAAAAGACUCAGAGACUAUAUAAGUAGCUUAAAGAUGACACCUUGCAUUCCCUAUUUAGGUAUCUAUUUGUCAGAUUUAACAUACAUCGAUUCAGCAUAUCCAUCAACUGGCAGCAUUCUAGAAAAUGAGCAAAGAUCAAAUUUAAUGAAUAAUAUCCUUCGAAUAAUUUCUGAUUUACAGCAAUCCUGUGAAUAUGAUAUACCCAUGUUGCCUCAUGUCCAAAAAUAUCUGAACUCUGUUCAGUAUAUAGAAGAACUACAAAAGUUUGUUGAGGAUGAUAAUUACAAACUUUCCUUAAAGAUAGAACCAGGUACAAGCACACCACGUUCUGCUGCUUCCAGGGAAGAUUUAGUAGGUCCUGAAGUUGGAGCAUCUCCACAAAGUGCAAGAAAAAGUGUGGCAGCUGAAGGAACCUUGCUACCACAAACACCGCCAUCCCCUCGAAACCUUAUUCCACAUGGACAUAGGAAGUGCCACAGCUUGGGUUAUAAUUUCAUUCAUAAAAUGAAUACAGCAGAGUUUAAGAGUGCAACAUUCCCAAAUGCAGGGCCAAGACAUCUGUUAGAUGAUAGCGUCAUGGAGCCCCAUGCACCAUCGCGAGGUCAUGCUGAAAGUUCUACUCUUUCUAGUGGAAUAUCAAUAGGUAGCAGUGAUGGUUCUGAACUAAGUGAAGAGACCUCAUGGCCUGCUUUUGAAAGGAACAGAUUAUACCAUUCUCUCGGCCCGGUGACAAGAGUGGCACGAAAUGGCUAUCGAAGCCACAUGAAGGCCAGCAGUUCUGCAGAAUCAGAAGACUUGGCAGUACAUUUAUAUCCAGGAGCUGUUACUAUUCAAGGUGUUCUCAGGAGAAAAACUUUGUUAAAAGAAGGCAAAAAACCUACAGUAGCAUCUUGGACAAAAUAUUGGGCAGCUUUAUGUGGGACACAACUUUUUUAUUAUGCUGCCAAAUCUCUAAAGGCUACAGAAAGAAAACAUUUCAAAUCAACAUCAAAUAAGAACGUGUCUGUGGUUGGGUGGAUGGUGAUGAUGGCCGAUGACCCAGAGCAUCCAGAUCUCUUCUUGCUGACUGACUCUGAAAAAGGAAAUUCAUACAAGUUUCAAGCUGGCAAUCGGAUGAAUGCAAUGCUGUGGUUUAAGCAUUUGAGUGCAGCCUGCCAAAGUAACAAACAACAGGUACCUACAAACUUGAUGACUUUUGAGUAAAAAACCUAAGAAAGAAGAAAGGUGAACUAUUUCUCCUAAGUGAGAGCGAGGACCUGACAAAAGAGCGCCAGCUAUAAACCAGUCCUGUGCCAGGGAGAGCCCAGAAGUUCCGACUUUGCCUCUGGAGUUCUGAACCAAAAAAGCACUCACUUCAGGGAAUGAAGUGAUAUAUUCCCAGAGAACCAUUUGGAGUUGCAAAACAAACUGCCAUGGACCAUGCUUCUUAUCUCUGAACUGACCUGUGGAAACCACUGCCUUAAAAGAAUGAACGGAAAACCAACAUGAAACACCAAAUAGUGUGUGUGAAUCUUCUGGCGGUGCUGUGCUUGGAAUAGAUCAUAGCUAAUUUGCAUUUCUUUUAACUUUGUACUAAUUUUGGAGGGGGAAUUGCCUAUUUUUAGAUACACUUUGAAAAGGAAAAACAUACUUCUUUUGGGUUACAUUGGGAGCUGCUUUUGAACUGAGGUAUAAAGACGCUUAGUAAGAUUCUCCCCACAGCCAACCUGAAAGAAGUGUGUAGCCUCCAUCAGUCUGCAGCCUCGCCCGAUUCUCACGAGAAUGUAAGAAUUAGAAAAGUUAAUAAUGUGAGUUGUUGAGGUUUGUUUGGGAUUUGGGAGGACUUUGCUUUGUUUUGAAUGAGGGGAUUUUUUGAAACACUAAAAUUCUGAAAUUUAAUACUGUAUGGGGAUCUUCAUUUCCUGCAGAAGGUUUUGAGUGUUCAUAUGCCAGAUUAUUUUUUUUUCAAAUGGGCUCCAGAAAACAUGGUUGUGUUUAACUAGGUUUAAAGUUAGCCUUCUAUAUGAACUCAUUGUUAGGCCACCCAUCUGCUUAGUCGAAAACUGUCCCCACUUAAACUUGUCUGCAAAAACUUUUAGAAUAAUUAAUUACAUUUUUUCCCAAGUUACUUGGAUUAUCCUUCUACUGGUCACAGGUGAUUUUUAUCAUCAGGGUGAUAAUAUUCGCAUUUUAUCAGGAUAUUUUUCUUUUACAGUGUUUAAAUGUGCACAAUGCCAGUGUUUUAAUUCUUUGUUUUCCUUAUUUUUGUUCAAUAUGAGAUUCAGGAGCACAUUUGUUUUGAGAGAUUCCAUAUAUGUAUGUGUGCAUAUAUAAAGCGUACAAAGUCAUUUUAAAAGAGAGAAAGGGCGAAAGCUUGAGAUUCUGGGAAUUUUAAGUAUCAGAACUUCCCUUAGACAGCAUUCCUUUUUAACAUUUUUCUGUCAACUUAAUAGAGCCCUCUACCGUGAAAGCAUAUUUUGUCAGUUAUGAGAGAGCCUUCCUAUGCGAAGGUGCAUUUAAUUUCGAAAAUAAAUGUUGAAUUACAGAAAGAAAGAAAAAGUUUGAAGAUCAGUUGCCUUAGAAUUCUAUCAAAAAAUGGCACUUGAACAAAGACUAUUGGAUGUUAGAACCUUAGCAGUGGCCCACGGUAAGAAAUGCUUUUUGACUUAUGUCUUCUCAUAGACUUCUGUUACUUUGGACCUCACACAAAAUAUCUGACAUUUGUAUUCUUUUAUAAAUUUAUAUUUUUCCUUAUAAGCAUUUUACCCUUAAAUAGAAAAUAUUGUCCACACAAUAAUUAGCUAAAAAUCUAUCUAAAGAAAAGCAGAAGAGCUUCCUCUGAGUGUUAAGUUUUGUAGUUUUCUAUUUGAAAAGGACGUCAAGAGUUCAUAUACUUUUCUCAUAUGGCAAGUCAGAAAUGUUAUUUCUGGUUUUGUGGAAAGUAACAAGAGUUAGAAAGGGCAAAAUGUUGCCUGUGCUGAAUGAUCUUUCAAUGAAUGACCUCCCAAACUUAACCCAUGUUGGGUACAAUCCUAUCUGCAUAACCAGCAGUAUUACUAUGUAGACCUUGCACAUACUACUUUUGUUUUACAUUUUUUUAAAUUUCUUAAUUUGUUCAUUUCUCUUCAGAAACAAGCAUUUUUAACAGUGUGGUUUUUUAAAAAAUAUAUUGUGGAUGAGAACCCUGUGGAUUUUUGUUAUUACUUUGUCAUGAAUAAGCUAUGUUGUAGGUUAACCGUAUCUGUGGGAUAUGCAACUGCCAGUCAGAGCUUGAUAUCACACAGUUUUGCCAAAGAGAAAGCUAAGCUAGAAGAUGUAUUUGAUAUUUUCAGCUCCAAAUACUAAUGGAUGCUUGCACGGAUUAAGAAUAGUGUUCAGAUUUGGUGACUUGUCUCUGUAUAGAAUUGUGACCUCUGGCUGACUGAAACGCUCAACAUAACUGAGCAGAAGUCACCACUGUUUUCUGUCUUCAGAUUUGUUCAUUCAAAAGAUUAGUCAUCGUUGCUUAAGUUAUUUUAGCACUUGAAGCAAAUGGAAACUAGUUAGAGAUGUUACUUAAAAUAUCAAUAGGUGAGUUUUUGAUCAAUUAUUGAUCAAAUGAUAUCUAAGAAUUCAGGCAAAGAAAAUAUGUUACCAAAACAUAAAUAUCUAGAGAACUUAUUAAUGCAAAGAUAUUUCCCUCUUAUUAGACCUGCCCUUAUAAAUUCAAAAGCUUGAAAUUUUCAUCAAUAUUAAAUGAUUUGUUUCUUUCCUACCCAAGAACUCCAUUAUUUAAAUUUAAACUACUUCACGAUAAGCAUGAUUGGCUUGUUAUAGGCUCAGCUUCAUAGUAUACAAUACUAGCCAAAAUACAAUUCAAGGCAAAUCUCAUUUAACUUAUUCUUUGAAUGUGGGAGCUUUUUUUUGAUUUCACUUUUUUACACAUAACUACAAAAUGACCCUAUAGUAACCUUCCUGAGCACUGUCUUUGGUUUCAUGCCCCCUUUGUGUUUAGGCUCUGCUUACUUUUUUGAGGUAUUAUUUUAUUGUAGACUCCAAAAAUGUAAGAAUUGAAAGAGAACUGAUCAAACACAUCUUAUUAUUCAUUUUCUUCCCUGUGUAAAUGUUAUUUGUGUAAACAAUCCAAAAAGGAAUCCAAACAAUUUGAGUUUGAGAGGUUUGUUUUCUCCCUAGGCAUUUGCUUCCAUGACAAAUUGUUUUCCUGUGUGGAAAAUGCCAUAAUGACUAUUGCACUACCUUCUGUGCGGGCUAUCUUGGUAUUGGGUUUUUCUGUAAAUCUAGAGCUACAAGGUUUUUGUAAAUUAAUUAAUUCCUCUUCCAAAAGCUGUAUAAAGGAGCCCAAGAAGCUAUUGUUAUGGAAGGAAAAGGUGUUUAAGUCUCUGGUGUACACUCUAGACAUCCAUUAAAACUGUGCUCUCUAAGAGUAGCCUGUGGGUCUCUUGGGAUGUUAGAAUUUACCUGACCAAAUGACAUGAUCGGAGGUCUUUAGGCCUUUAUUACUGAAAACCAAACAAAGGGCAUCAUAUUAAUUGAAAAUUAACAGAUUUAAUCCAUCAACUUUUUAAUAGAACAUGUCCACUAUUCAAUUUCCUUCCUGUUUUGUUUUUUUUUUUUUUUUUUUUUGAGGUACAUUCCUUUACAACUAGUUUUUAAACCAUUGUAACACCUUCUUCAGAGAAAAAAAAAAAGUCCCAGUAUUGCUUAACAGUAUUGCUUAAUCUUUAGAAAAAGAAAUCCUCUGCUUCAAAAGCUUUUGUAAUAAUUGGAUGCCUUUUUGAAAAUGAAGAUGAAUUUAACUUGUCCCAUUGGAACAGUAGAACUGCUGUCGUGUGAAUAGAUGAUAUAAUGUAAUGCAAGUGAUGAGGAUUAUCUGACUUCAGUGGUCUUUUAGGGUUUGCUUCUGUUUUCUCUGUUCAUUUGCAUUCUUUUCAAACAUAGUAAAUUUAUGAUUUUACAGCCACAGUGGUAUUGUUUUUUCUAAACUUUGAGAUACAUUGUUAUUUAAUUACAUUAAUAAUUCUUUUCUAUGUAAAGUUAGCUUUUUCAGGAUGAUUUAAGUGGUUUUGGUUUUGCUCCCCUAAAAAUGGCUUGUGUCUAAAGUGACUCUUUUUCUACUAUUUAGAGGAUUCUAAUGAAAUUGAUGUAUGCACGCAAACUUUUAAGUUUAUGAAGCAAUUUCACUGUACCAGGAUUUCAAGUUGUAGUGUGGGGAAAAUUUGUUCAGUGCCUUAUCAAUUUGAAGACCAAUUUUAGGGCAUCAAGUAGGACAAUAAUCAUUUGCCCUCUUUACUCCUCUCGUUUCAGGAGUGUGUGCUAUGCCUCUCCACCACCUUACUCUUUCUUGCAGUGAGUCUAAGAAAGUUACAGGCAAUGGUGCAGUCCUCACUGGUUUUGAGUCUUUUUAGACAAGCUCCCUCCUGUACCACCCCUUCCAGGGUUGGAGAUUAAAAAUAAGCCCACCCAAAACCUUCAGAUGAGCGCUCUUAGGAACGAUCAUCAAGAACCCAACUGAGUCAUUUUUAUUUCGUUGUUUUAAGCACAGGAUUUAAUUAUAAAGCCUCGUAGAAAAUCCCUAAAAGACUUUGAUGCAGUGGGAAAGUUUUGUUUGGGUUUUGGUUUAUUUAAGCUACUGAAAUCUUAUAAAGACAGUCCCUUUGGCCAGAAAUGAGAUUUAGUUUGGUUUAUUAUACUUAAAUAAGACUCAGAACAAACAAGCAGUCACUUACAAAUACCAGUUAUUGUUUCCUUGGAAAUAUUAUGGCAGGAAAGUGAAAACACCAAUAUAUAAAUUAAAGGGAAGAGACUAAACUAGCUUUCUCAGCAAAAGCACAGCUUGAAAUAUUCUGCUCCCUGAGAUUAUUGUAAGAUCUGGAGCUUCUUUGUUUACUGAGUGAAAAUGAUAUUUUCCCAUUUUUUUAAGGGUUAAUAUGUUCCAGAAUAGGCGAGUAGUCUUUAAAGCCAAAUGAAGGGUUAACUGGUCCUUGAAGGUCAUUAGCUGAACUCGAAUUUUGGAUCUAGUCAUUUGGACUGCAAAGUGAUAAUGGGAUUAAAGGAAUGCUUUGGGCUUUUUUUUGAGCCACAAGCAGAAAUUUUAAUAAAUAUCAGCUGUGCUUCGUGCUUCAAAUACUAAGGCAACAAAUACUAAGUUCCCCUUAAAGAUAUCACCUGUCAGACCCCUCACAAAUACAAUCUAGCAGUUACUGACUGACUAGGCAUGACAGAGGGGUUGAGUCACCAGACUCAAGAGUUUGUACAGUUUUACAGUCGACCAAAGUGGUGGGGUUGGGGGUGGGGCUUAGGAGUGGCAAACUGGUUCAUAAUGGAAUCUGAAAGAGGAGCAUCUGUGGGGAUAAACAUCACAAUGAUGGAAAUAAACCGGAAAACACAAGCCAUUUUUUAUUCUGCUUUAUCCCAGCUAACUUGCGGUACUCUGAUGAUGAAGCACUCGGUUGCACUAUGACCUCCUUGAGUGAUGUGCAGCUUGGUCCCUCUCUCACUUUUUAUUUCUGUUUAAUAUACAAAUGUGAGUGUGAGAUCUUCAGUGUGUUUGCAUAAGCUAACUUAAAAUGAAUUUAAGUUUUCUGAAAUAUUUCUAUUGAAAUAA